AAUUGAUGUCAAAGUGGUACGUCAAAAGAAGAAAGCAAAAACAUUCAAAUUAACGCUUAAAAUUUCACAAUAGGAAAAGACAUCCAUAGCAAGGUGCGGGCGGAGGGUCGAGCAGUUUCUGGGCGCGGAAGUGUACACUCGCGAGCAACAUGGCCAAACCCAAGGAGGAGUUCUCGUGCGAGAUGUUCAGCAACAAGUUCUUCAUGCUGUGCGGCGCGGGCGGCGCCGUGGCUUGCGGCGCCACGCACACCUUCGUCACGCCGCUCGACCUCGUCAAGUGCCGCCUGCAGGUCGACCCCGCCAAGUACAAGUCCAUCUUCAAGGGCUUCGGCAUCUCCUUCAAGGAGGGCGGCAUGGCCAACCUCGUCAAGGGCUGGGCGCCCACCCUCAUCGGCUACUCCCUCCAGGGCGCCGCUAAAUUCUCCGGCUACGAAUACUUCAAAUACAAAUUCGCCACAAUGGUUGAUGAGGAAACCGCGUACCUUUACCGGACAUACAUGUAUUUGGCAGCGUCAGCCUCCGCGGAGUUGAUCGCGGAUAUUCUCCUGUGCCCGUUCGAAGCGACCAAAGUGAGGAUGCAGACCACACCUGGUUACACGUCGCAGAUGAGGAAGGCCAUGCCGCACAUGAUGGCGACCGAAGGGUUCGGCGUGUUCUACAAAGGCCUGACGCCUCUAUGGGGCCGGCAGGUGCCGUACACCAUGAUGAAGUUUUCCUCGUUCGAGAAGACGCUGGAGUACCUGUACGCGAAUGUGGUGCCGAAACCGAGGGCCGAGUGCACGAAGGCGGAGCAGCUGGUGCUGACGUUCACGGCCGGCUACAUCGCGGGCGUGCUGUGCGCGAUCGUGUCGCACCCCUCGGACACGAUCGUGUCCAAGCUGAACAAGGACCCGAGCGCGACGAUCGGCGGGAUCAUCAACGAGGUGGGCAUGGUGGGCAUCUGGCGGGGGCUGGUGGCGCGCAUCGUGAUGAUCGGCACGCUGACGGGGCUGCAGUGGUUCGUGUACGACGCCUUCAAGGUGUACACGAAGAUGCCGCGCCCGCCGCCCGCCGACAUGCCCGAGUCGCUGCGGAAGAAGCUCGCCGCACGGAAGUAGCUCCUCCCGCCGCCCGCCCGAGUCUGUCACGUGUCGUAAAUUAAGCAUGCGGUGAAUCAUGAUCGCUGUGUUACAUAACAUGUAUUUAAUAUUUUAUAAUAAUAU